ACCUUCCACCAUGCAGUUCCACCAAAUCGUUCUCUUCACCCUUUUCACUGCGACUGGCACCCUCGGCGCAGCAGUCAGCGCGGCAGCUCCCGAAACCCCAGCUCCCGAAAUCAAAGCCCCCGGAGUCAAAGCUCCCGAAGUCAACGCUCCCGCAACCACAGCUCCCGAAAUCAAAGCACCAACGACAAGCGAUGUCCCCCGCCCCACCUGCAACGGCAAACCAGAGGGCAAUGUCCUCGUGGCGGCCAGCAGGACCCACGGCCCGUGGAACGUCCUGUGCGAGCGCGUCUACAAGUGCACCGCAGGCAAGCUGGAAUCGACCACUCCAUUUAUGGAGGGCUCUAUCUGGGAGCUUCCGGGUAUGAAGGAGGACACGCUCGCGGCUUGUACAAAGAUUGGCUGCAAGUGUCCUCCUCAGUAAUUGAUUGAAGAUACGCGUAUGCACAUCUUUAUAUUAGCUUUCCUGGCUGUGAUUUAUUCGCUCACGGAGUGGGAUGCAUUUGGUACGAACUGCU